AUGUCUGCCGCGCAGCUUCUGAACCCAAAAGCUGAAUCAAGGCGGAGAGGAGAAGCUUUAGCUGUUAAUAUCGCCGCCGGUGAGGGACUUCAAAAUGUUCUGAAGUCAAAUCUAGGUCCUUUAGGGACUAUUAAGAUGCUGGUGGAUGGAGCAGGAAAGAUCAAACUUACGAAAGAUGGAAACGUUCUCCUACGAGAAAUGCAGAUCCAGAACCCAACCGCGGUAAUGAUUGCGCGAGCAGCCACGGCACAAGAUGAUAUCUGUGGCGAUGGAACAACAUCAGUAGUGUUAUUAGUUGGUGAGCUUUUAAAGCAGGCAAACCGUUAUAUCUCAGAAGGGUUACAUCCUAGGAUAAUUACGGACGGGUAUGAAAUUGCAAAGACUGAGUCUUUGAAGUUUUUAGAUACUUUCAAGCUCGAGAAAGAGGUAGACCGCGAAUUACUCUUAUCGGUCGCACGCACAUCUCUUUCAACAAAACUCAACCACACACUCGCCGAGAAACUUACUCCGGAUAUCGUCGAUGCGGUUCUUGCGAUUUACCAAGCUCCCGCGAAACCGGACCUACACAUGAUCGAAAUCAUGAAGAUGCAGCAUCGAACCGCUUCCGAAACCCAACUUAUCAGAGGACUCGCUUUGGACCACGGAGCUAGACACCCUGACAUGCCCAAGAGACUUGAGAAUGCCUUCAUUCUGGCUCUCAAUGUCAGUCUGGAAUUCGAAAAAUCAGAAAUCAACUCCGGAUUCUACUACUCGAGCGCUGAGCAGAGGGACAAGCUUGUCGAAAGCGAGAGACGUCAUGUAGACGACAAACUGCGAAAAAUUGUUGAGCUGAAGAAGGAAGUCUGCGGUAAUGACCCCAAGAAGGGAUUUGUCAUUGUCAACAUGAAGGGAAUUGAUCCUCUGUCACUGGAUGUUCUACAAAAGAAUGGCAUUUACGCGUUGAGACGCGCGAAGAGACGAAACAUGGAGAGAUUACAACUGAUCACUGGCGGAUCUUCGCAGAAUAGUGUCGAUGAUCUUUCACCUGAAGUCCUUGGUUGGGCUGGUCUGGUGUAUGAAACGCAACUUGGUGAAGAGAAGUACACAUUUAUUGAGGAUGUCAAAGACCCGAAAUCAGUUACUGUCCUUAUCAAGGGACCUAACCAGCAUACAAUCUCUCAAAUAAGCGACGCCGUGCGAGACGGGCUACGCAGUGUUUACAACAUGAUCGUGGAUAGGAGCGUUGUUCCCGGUGCCGGUGCAUUCCAGGUAGCUUUGGCAGCUCACUUGAAUAGUGAAGCAUUUAGAAAAACCGUCAAGGGAAAGGCUAAGUGGGGAGUACAGGCAUUUGCCGAUGCAAUGCUCAUCAUUCCAAAAACAUUGGCAGCCAACGCUGGCCAUGAUGUCCAAGACGCUCUUGCUAGCCUCCAAGACGAGCAGGUAGAGGGGAACGUUGUCGGUCUGGACCUCAAGACGGGCCAGCCUAUGGACCCGGUCCUCGAAGGCGUCUUCGACUCUUUCAGGGUGCUUCGCAAUGCGAUGGCAUCCAGUUCCGGCAUUGCUUCAAACCUUCUUCUUUGCGACGAGAUGUUGAAAGCUCGACAGAUGGGCCGGCAAGCCAACCCAGGUCCCGGGAUGGAUGAAUAA